CUACAUUGAGUCGUUUGUCCUCCGGUGACCCGGUGGGCGCAGGGUCGGGGCUGAGCCCAAGGGUGAGGAUCCCUGCAAAGACGGCUGGACCAGAGGAGGCUCAGCCAUUUCCUGGCUGAGUCAGGGGCUGAGGUUUCCGCACUGCCAUAGGACGCCCCCGGAGGCUGCUUACCUUCCCCACGACCAUGUUCCAGCGCCUCACCAGCCUCUUCUUUAGCGCUCCCCCACCCCCGGAGGACCCCAACUGUCCCCGUGCCUUCGUCUCUGAGGAAGAUGAAGUGGACGGCUGGCUCAUCAUUGACCUGCCGGACAGCUACGCGACCCCACCCAGCCCGGGGGCCGCCCCCGCUCCUGUGGGCCGCCCCCCGCCCGCGCCCUCCUUGAUGGAAGAGAGCUGGUUUGUUACCCCUCCCGCCUGUUUUACUGCAGAGGGGCCCGGCCUCGGGCCCGCCCGCCUCCAGAGCAACCCCCUGGAGGACCUCCUCAUCGAGCACCCCAGCAUGUCUGUUUACGUCACCGGCAGCACCAUAGUGCUGGAGCCCGCGCCCCCUGCCCCGCACCCCGACGUCAUCCAGCCUGAUGGCCACCUCAGCAACCGGGAGCUGGCACCCGCCCGCCGGGAGCCGCGGACCCGCCACCACGCAGCAGCCCCGUUGCCCCCUCGGGCCGCGCUGCUGGAGAAGGUGGGCCAGGUGCGGAGGCUGCAGCGGGCCCGACAGCGGGCCGAGCGCCACGCGCUGAGCGCCAAGGUAGUGCAGCGGCAGAACCGUGCUCGGGAGAGCCGCCCGCGCCGGCCCAAGCACCAGGGCAGCUUCGUCUACCAGCCGUGCCAGCGCCAGUUCAACUACUGAGCGUCUGCUGGCCGCACCACGAACCCCUCCUUGACCCCCAGCCCCUCCGCAGCAGCCAGGGCACCGCUCGAGGGGCGGCCAUGGCCUGCCACAGGCUGGGUAUCACACCUUCUCCCCUUCUGUGAGGUGGGGUGACAGCCUCGCCCACCCCCUCUCUCCAUUUUCCAUCCCGACCCACUCAUCCACCUCUGAAUUCUCUCGUCCCUGUCAUCCUCCAUCCUAAUCCAUCUGCCUUACCCCUGACACCCUCACCUCUCCGAACAUUCCCCCCUCACUCUUACUCUCUCCCCCUGAACCUUCCCGAUUUCUGAGAGCCUCUUCUUCCAGUCCCUGAUUUGGCUCGUCCCCCACCUUCAGCUCCUAACUUCACACCACCCUCCCUCCCCUCCCCAUGUUUGACACUACUUUCUUGUUCUGUUAUGAAUUCCCUAGCGGUGUAGCACCUCCUACAAGGGGUGCAGUGGGACCUUGAGCCCAGCUCUGACAACCUGUGGGGCUUGGGCUGCUGCCCUGGCCCCCCAGGAUGGGCUUAGGCUCAGGACGCUCCCUCUUUAUUUCCUUAUUUCCCUCUUCCCUGGGGGCUGUGCUCCUUGGAGCUGCUUAGGUCUAGAAAAGUAAAGUAUGUGGACAAGGACUGUGAGAUGUGAGUCAGAGGGAGAAGGUGGAGGGAAUCGAGGGAAGGAGGUAGCCUGUUGGAAGAAUUGACCGAAGCACAGACAGGUUGAGAAGCUAUAGGGAACAGGGCACUAUGGGAGCUGGCACUGUGUUUGCUCGGAGAGGCCAAGUCCUGCUCUCAGGUUAGAGCCUGGAGUCUGCCCCCAAUUCCCGUUCCUGUAAUUCCACCUCCCAAGUCUCUUCCUAAAAUCCAGACAGUUCAUCUGUUUGAAGGGUCCCGUGUCUGUAGGGCUUAGUUAGUACCUUGCCACCCUAGUCCCCGUUACUCCAGGAGUAGAGACUGGGCAUGGCCCUGCCAUCCUGGCCAUCUGUUCACAUGCCUAAGGUGCUAGAACUAGCUUAGGGGGGGAUGCAGGCCAGAGAGCUUCUAGGCCGGAAAAGGGCACACCCCAGGGUAAAACUGCAGAGCAGUGAUGUAGGGUGGAGAAGCUCUGGGAUCAAGCUGUCCCAAGACAGAAAGCUCAGCCGUCAUCUUGUCUCUGGCCUUGAAUCUCAUGCCCUGCCUGGUAGGACUCACACACACUCCUGACGGGAGGCCAGGAGUUCCACUGUCCCAACCCUAGAUAAUCCCCUAACCAGAUUCAGGGCCUUCAGGGGGCCUUUCCUCAUUUUCUCCCCAGAGCUUUCUUCUUUCUAGGCUGCUGGGGAGAAAUGGGUGCCCUUUGGUCUCCCGCCCUUCUCCUCCAGUAAAAGUACAUGGAGGAGGAAACCUGAAUCCCUGGUUGAAAGAGGGGACAGGGCAGCCAGCUUUCACUGUCUCGUGGUGGGACUGACUAUUGGGCUCAGACACCAGCAACUGCCUCUUGGGAUGCCCAGAGUUGCUCCCCUUUUCCUCUUUCUAGCUGUCCUUUUCUAGUGUGUGCUCUCUCUCUCUUCCUUGAAACAUUUAUGAUUUCCUGUUACAUACUAACAUAGGUCUUCCCCCUUACCCUGAUUCCAGGUAUCCAGACCCCAUAGCUAAGCUGAGGCUUGGAGAAAAUUCUGCAUUCUCAUGAGGGCAAAGGCAGCUUCCCUCCCUAAUCCUGCAACCCAGACCUCAUGUAAAGGCUUGGGAAUGGUUAGGGCAGGGGUAGCCCCAUGGAUGCUGGGAUAAGGGCAGAGGAAGCACUAUUUGGUCUCCUAUCCUAGAGAGUUGGCCAAAUUUACAGAUCAAAGCCCUCACCUCUAGUCCACUAGGCCCCAGUGGUUGGCGACCUGCUACUUGGCUCCCAAGAUUCAGUUGCUUUUUUUCUUCCAGUCACCUCACAUUGUAGGGUUUGCAGCACUUCUGAGAGCUGAACCCCUCGAACACUUCCUACCUACUCCCUCACUACCAGGUGUGGAGUAGGCUUAGUCCACUGACUAUGUCUGUAAUUCUUUUGGUGAGGAGUUUGAGUUAUAGGGCAUUGGGCUCAAACUUCAAAGGCCCUGUCCUCACUUGUUUUGGGAAGCCCCUGUAGUUCUAGAACCCUCUAUCACCUGGCUGGUUGCAAGGCGCAUAUUUUUUGUACUGUCCUAUAGAUUCUGUAGCAUUUGAGUGUGGCAAUAUUUUAAUGUAUAUAGAUUUCUAAGAACCAACACUACUCAGUCUCCUGCUAGUCUGACUCCUGAAGCAUCGGACCUCGUCAUACUGUAUUGACUGUGUAUGUGCCUUUCACCUUGAGCAUGCUUCAGGAUUUUUUUUUUUUAAACCACAGAACUUGAAUACCUGAGGGAACCAGAAUUCAAAAGUCCUAUGCAACCUUAACCGGAGGGGUUAGAGAGUCUGUCUUGACGGCUGUUUUCAGAGACCCUUGAAAAGUUUGUUCCAGUUUGUAUUAUUAGCUCAUGUUAAUACUACCAGCACUUUGCCAAAAAAGGAGCAUGCCAGUGGGGACCCCCCACCCAUCUACAGUGGGAGUCCCAAUUACAAAGGGCAUUUUCCAGUUAUUCCCCCAAUAAGUCUGAGUGCUCCCUAAAUUUGGUGGUUUCUUUCCAGCCUUCCCCCGACUGACCACAGUAAGGCACCAGGUGUGUAUGAGUGUAGUUUGGUGCUGUUUUGGAGUAUGCUUGUUCCCCAGCCCCCAACUUGGAGCCUUUUCUUCAACUUGCUCUUACCCAUGUUUUAGGUGCAACAGGACCCUCACAGAUCCACAUGGCUUUACAUGAGGGGAAUUAAUGCAGACAUAUCAUUGUUCACUUCUAAUACUUUCCCUCUUGCUCUGCCACUUAGUUCCAUUCUCCCAAAUGGAACCAAGUUGAGUGCAUCCUGGGUUGGGUGUUCUGUGUUGAGGCUGGAUGAAAUGAGGAGACUUUGGUUGAUUAUUAUGUGUAAUAUGUCAACAGACUCAAGGGUACGACCACCUCGACUCGGACAUGUGGCAUGCCUGUGUAUGUGUGUAACAGGAUUCUGAUUGUUAGAUUGUAAUGCGAUUCCUCUAUGGGAGAAAAAUUUAAUAUAAAGAAAAACAAAUAAAAAUCUAUUUAAAGCA